UCAAAUGUGGCAGUGUAUACUCAUAUGUUAUUCUAUAGUGCAGCAUUGUCUAUGCUUCACUGUCGUUUUAACGCAGAUUUUGUUGAUAUGUUGCAAAAGAAGAGAAAAAGAGAGUGCAGAACCAAGCCAUAUGCCGCUGCCACCAGAUGCAUCAAAGACUCAAGAAAGUGGCACUCCCAGCGAUGGAACCAAAGAGUCGGCGACAAAGCUCAGCAAAGAAGCUCCCACCCAACUUGGGACAGAUACUACAAAAAGCAAGGAGACUAUUACUGUCAAGACGGAAGAGGGAUAUGAUGUUAACAAGAUCAAACAUUUUGUCGAGGAAAGACGAAAGGAUAGCACUAAAACAGACUUACGAUCAGUGCAAGACUUGGUAUUCCAGUAUAACCCGAAACAUCCAUUAGGCUCACUUCCACCACCCUCUAGUCCAAAAGGGAGUCAGAAGGUGAAAGAGUUGGCGCUAGAGCGAACGCAAGUCACUUCUUUGGAAAAGGAAGACGACCGUGAAUUAUCCGUUAUAGUACCUACAACCUCCUUUUUGGGUCCACCAAGUGCUAAAGGUUCUCUACCAACACUGUCUGUUUAUGAUCCACUGGGUUUGAUACCGCCACAUCCUUCACAACCGCCGCCAGUGCCAUCGCCGGUUUCGCCGCCACCAGCCUUACCGUCGUUAACAGGGGUUCCAGACAAAGAGAAAACGAAGUCACAACAGCCUUCACUGAGUACUCCGCCAACGCAAGCUCCGAACAAAGAGACGGCAUCAAAAUCGUCACAAAUUUCACUCAGCCCUAUGCCAAAUUCACAAGUGCACUCGAAGCCUAUGGAUAAAGGAGCUGCAUCGACACCGGCAUCAUUGAGUAUCAAGCCGACUCCUCCAGCGACUCCACAGCCAAGGGCACGUCUGACGCCAAAUACAUCGACAGAGAAACAGCCACCAAACGAUGCAGAACCGGCGAAAAAAUAGCAGAACACACUCCAGAAACAUGUCAUACUUCAAAAGCUUACU